GAAAUUCUACGAUUUCCUCUUGGUCUGAUGGGUGAUUAACCUGUAGUCCAUUUGUUUCUGAAGCUUUUGAUCUGCCUAAGUUCAUCAGAGGUUUUUCAGCUUUUUAUCACCUGUAAGAUGACUGUGUGAUCAGAAGCUGACGUGCACCUGGCAGACCAAAACAGUGAGGAUAGGCCGACCAAAAUAAUCAGACAUGUCCAAACUACAUUCAGGAAAUAUUAAACUUUCAUGAAUGUUUUACCCUAUAAAUCAGCAUUUGUUAAAUUUACAAUUUAAAUUGUAACUCAGUUCAUUCAAUGGCCACUCAACAUACACAAUUUACUUUGUUAAGCCAUAAGAUAUGAGGGAGAUGGAGAGGAGGAAGAGAGUUGAAAUGAUGAUGGGAUCCAGGCUGUUCAGGGAAGAAUUGGAAAGGAUUAUCGAAUCGCAGAUGAAGGAAGGAGGAGGGCCUGCAGGACUCCUUCAGCAGAUUCAAGACAUGGUAGGUGGCGCUGGAAGGAUACAUUCAGGAUCUAUGUUCAAAAGUUCAAACUGCGUGGUGCCAAUAAACGAUAUUAGAGGGGUUGAAAGUAUGGGAUAUGUAAAAGGUGAGAAGAUAUUGAGAUGUAAGCUUGCGUCCGUGUUCAGAUUGAUGGAUUUGUACGGUUGGACACACGGAAUAAACAAUCAUAUUACGGCAAGACUGAAUCAAGAAGAAGAACACUUCAUAAUAAAUCCUUUUGGAAUGAUGUUUCAUGAAAUGACUGCAUCAUCGCUUGUUAAAGUUGAUAUGCAAGGAAAUAUUGUAGAACCUGGUACAACAAAUUUUGGAGUAAAUCAAACCAAGUUUCAACUCCAUGCCGCCGUACAUGCUGCCAGGCCUGACAUUAAGUGUAUCAUUCAUGUGCACACACCUUCUGUCUUAGCAGUCUCAACUUUAGUUAAUGGCUUACUCCCAUUGUGUCAAGAAGCUGCUGUGAUCGGUGAAGUUAGCCUACAUCAGUAUAACGGUUCGGCUUCAGAGCCUGAAGAAAAAGACAAGAUAGCCAGAAGUCUUGGACCAAACAAUAAAGUGAUGUUCUUGACUAAUCAUGGUGCUGUCUGUUGUGGUGAGACUGUUGAAGAAGCAUUUUUCAAUGUCUACAAUACAGUUCUUGCCUGUGAAACUCAGGUUAAACUGUUGCCCAUUGGACUAGACAACAUUGUUCUUCUUUCUGAUGAAAGUAGAAAACAAAUAUACGAUGCGGCUCGAAAGGCUCCAGAAGGAGGGGCAACUUUACCUCCAAAAGAUAAAGAAUUAGCCCAAGCCCUGGAAAAGAAAGAAAAGAGGUGGAGAAUUGGAGGCAUGGACUUUGAAGCCCUCAUGAGGAUGUUGGAUAACGCUGGUUUUAGAACUGGCUACAUUUAUAGGACACCAUUGAUUAAAGGAGAUCCUCCAAGGCCAAGAAAUGAUGUCGAAGUACCUCCUGCAGUGUCUUCAUUAGGGUAUCUUCUCGAAGAGGAAGAGAUGUACAAGCAAGGAAUGUGGAAAAAAGCGGGAUUCAAUAAAAACGAUAGGACCCGCUGGCUCAACUCGCCAAACGUUUAUCAGAAAGUUGAAAUCCUCGAAACAGGAACAACGGACCCCAAGAAAAUAACUAAGUGGGUGGACUCUCACGCUGAUGAGUGGGUCGCCGAUGGCUCUCCCACACAUACAAGCACACCUGUCAAGAUCGACGCAGCUCUCCAGUUCGUUCCUAAGAACACGAAUCCCAAAGAGUUCAAGAAACUUCAACAACAGAUAAAAGAAAAUCGACGAGCCGAUAAAAUAACUUCAGGGCCUCAGUCUCACAUUCUCGAAGGUGUAUCUUGGGAGGAAGCGAAGAAGCUUCAGGACGCCAACAUAAGCAUGACAGGGGAUCAAGUGAUACUUGUGGGUGCUGCUUCAAAAGGCAUCAUUCAACGAGGUUUCCAGCAUAACGCCACCGUCUAUAAAACCCCGUAUGCAAAAAAUCCAUUUGACUGCGUCUCAGACCAAGAGCUGGAAGAAUACAAGAAAGUAGUUACCAGAAGACAAAAGGGAGAAUACUAUGAUGAGGAACAGAGUGAAAGCGAAGCUCUUUCAUCAUCAGCAGCACUUCCACCGUCCGGUGUGAAAUCUCCCCUCUCUGAAACUGAAGAGGACAGCAGAACUGAGCCACAAGUUUUGAGAAUAGAAACGAAAACUGCACCGAUUCCGAGCCAAGCCGAAGUCGUUCUGAGUGAUGAUGAUAGAGAAGUAGAGAAUGUCUUUGUAGAUGAAAAUGAUUUACUGCCACCGCAUGUUGAAAGAUCAAAAUCACAGAGGUAUCCGUCGAACAAAGUUGCAGAUCAGAAACAGAAACGAAGUACAUCCCUUGAUCGAGCCAAAAGUUCUAAGAAAGGUGUGGACUGUACAGACGCUGCGGUGAUGUGCCGUGCAAGAUUGAUUGACUUAGCUGAUAUUACUUCGAAGAAAAACAUUGCUGAAAUUAAGACCACUCCUUUACAGUUUUCUCAUUCAAACAGUGUCGUUUCAAAAGGGACCCAAACCGCAAUGAGAAUUUAUUUUUAUGAUUCGGAUGAACAAAAACGCGAUGAAAUCGUUCCAAUAGCUCCUCCGUUGCCUUCAGACAGUAGGACAUCGGCUCAAAUGCCUGACAUUCUCAAAAACGGGCACGAGUCGGGUGAACCGUGUAGACCUCUUCGCGAAAAGACUGCUUUCGAAAUUGAAACAGAAAGGCGUAAAUCCCUUAUGUAUGAGUUGCACAAAGAGCUGUCAAUAAAAUUUGAAAGUAUGAAUCAGACCAACAGAGACGAAUGUUUUGAGGAAGUGUCAAUAACCGUCUUCUCACCUCCGCAUUCGACUAAAACAAACUGUGAAAGAACGUUUGAAGAGAAGGCAGAUUUUGCAUCUGAUGAUACUGCCAACUCUUUAGAAUUGAGUUUCGAUUCCCAUGUCGACGAUGUCAUAAAAGACAAUGAUUCUUUAAAUUCGUAUGUAGGAGAUGAUUUCCAAACCUGCGAAGGUUUAGUGGAUUGCACUACCAGUACUUCUAAGUAUUGUGAUAUAUCUCCUAUUUCAUUUGAAAUGGAGACUUGUUCUAAUUAUAAAGUAGUAGAUACUUCUGAUUCUUGUCCUGAGAAAUGUCCAAGCCAUUCUUCAAGUUCAGAGGAUUUAGUAGGACUAUCUCUGGAUAUGAACUGUAAUGUCACUAAAAGGAGGCCAAGAUGUUUGCAACUUGACAGUCUGAUCAGUACUGAUGAACAGGAUGAUGAAACACCUUCUACAGUGCUAUUGGACUCUGUAGGAAAUCAAUGUUCCCCUCAGUCUCCUAAACAAGAAUCGGAUUCCCUGUUGGUCAUGAGCGAUUUAGAUUUCAGCCCGACUGAUUCUUCUCCCCAAAUAGUAAAUUCUGAUUCUGGGUAUGAUGCCGAUACAGACAAAACAGUUUACCACAACGGGACUCAGCUCUUUGACCCUUUCCAUCUUGAUUCGAAUUCACCGUCCAGUAGUGGUGGUCCAAUUGUAGAACAUAAUCAGAAAUCACAUUUUUUUAAUAGGAAAACUUCAAUCAAUUCCCUGGAGGAAUUUUUAAUAAUUGAAAGCUGUUGUGAAAUAGUUGUGAAUUCCUCUGAUGUAUGCCAACCGACCCGUGCCUCUUCCCCUGAGCACAGCUCGACAGACAACACAUUGCACGAAUCUGUAACUUCUUUUAUCGAAGAGGAGAAAACACUUUACACAAUAUUCGAAUGUUCAUCUGAAUUGAGUCCUGAUGUAUAAAACAAAAUAAAUUCCAAUUCACACACAAAAAUACCGUUAUGUUGCUUUUUUUAAUGAGUUUUGACUGGUUUGAUAAAAAUAAUGCUUUAAAUAACAUGUAAAACCAUUUUAAUAAAAUUGGAAUGGAAUGUUGAUGUUUUGUUUUGUUUUAUUAAUAAUAAAAGUAGUCGAAAUGACAAAAAAUAUUAAAAAUUCGUUUUUGAAAACAAACCAUCUGUGAUUUUGGUAUAAUGGCUUUCAGUAACAUUUCAGUCAGCUUGUUUUUUAUUAAAAUUUAAGCUUUUUAUUUUUACAAAUAUACUUUUUUUCCUAGCACACGCUUUUUAUUUAUUCAUUAUGCACUGCCAUUACCCAUAACUGCUUUACUUAACCAUAACAAUAGGUAAAACUUUUCAUAGAAAUAUAUGAAGAUUUUAUUUAUUACCAUGAAACUUCAAAGUAAUAAUAGAUAAGAAAAAAGAAAUUAUAGUUUUUGGUAAGCAACAAGGUGAAAACACUUACAACGGGGACCAUUCUGAUGCUCAUCAAAGCACCUUCUCUCACAGUAGCAAAGAAGUAAGUGGAUCGCCCACUAAGGAUCUAUCAACGGAAGACUCGCCCAAGAAAGAUAAAAAGAAAAAGAAGGGGUUAAGGACACCAUCAUUCCUGAAAAAGAAGAGCAAGAAGAAGGCAGUCGAAGCUUCAUAAUUCCAAGAGGGAAAAAAGAAUGAAUUGAUUUCAUUAAGAAGAGAUAAGAAAUCCGAGAAAAAUCUGCAAAAUGGAAAAAUAAAAAGUGCAUAAAAAAAACUUAUUGAUCCAAAUAUUUUAAAACUGUUAAAAGGAACGGAAUUUAAUAUUUUAAGAUGAGAACAUAUUUAAACAAUUAACACUGCCCAUCGAUUAUUUUGGUCUUGCAUUUUGUUAUCUCUUUUUUAAAUUGUAAUUAGGUGCUUUGAUGCAGAAGUGGCUUGCUUUACUUUGCAGCACACAUUUCUUAGGCUAUUAUUAAAAAAAGAAAGAAAGAAAAUAUAUAAAUAUAUAUAAAUUAAGGAAAAUGUGCGGAAAAACUAUGAUGCAGUAUAAUAAAUAAAAGUUAAUAUAAAUUUUUCAGUAUAAUAUAUAAAUAAAGAAAAUAAUAUAAAAAAUAUGCUUUUCAUUGUACAGAUAGAAGUAUAAAUAUUGAAUUGAAGUGAAAGGUUAAUUAUGAAAAAUAUUUUACAAAAAUUUGUUUAUAAAACUGACAAUAUUCUUUUAUUUGAGAUUAAUUCUGAAAAAAAUGUCUUCUAUGUUUUAUUACUUCCUCCUUGCUGUUUGCCCUGUCUUCUAAAACCAAAUCAAUUCCCAAAUUUGCUUUUUAGGUUGGAAGCACAAUGGUGGAAGUUUUGUUACAUUCAUAACCAUAUUGAUGCGAUCGAGUUAUCAUUGAUUCAACGAAAAUGAUUUUGCGUUUUAAAAAACGUUAAUUUUUUUAAAUUUAAUUGACUUGUGAUUAAAUCAUAAAUAUAUUUAUUUUAACAUUUAAUGUUUUUUUAAAGUGUAAUGCAAAGCUUGAUAUUUACUAAACAUUAUAUAUUUUAAGAGGACAAUCACAGAGCUUCUUCAAAGAUCAUUCGAUCGUAUGUAUGUUUAAAAAUUUUGUUAAACAAAUCACACUUUGUUAAAAUAGUGAGAUGUUUUAUUUUUAUUUUUUUUAAAUAAAAAAAAGGCUUUAUAAUUAUCUACAUUUUUGCCCCUGUUUAAAAUGUAUUUUUGUUAAACUACUGGAUUAUGACUACAUAUUAGCAAAAGUACCAUUUUUUCAUGUACGCUAUUUGUUGAAUUUUUUCACGGAAUGUAGGUGUAGUAAAAAGAUUAUAUAGUACUAAAUGCUUUAUUUGUACAAAAAUCUUCAUCCAGCUUGGGGCAUUUCAGAAGUGUUUGGACCUGCCCCUGUUUAUUUAUUAUUGUGUUGACAUUUUUUUUGUCCAAGCUGAUCGAUCACUUCAUUAUACACAUUUUAUUGUAAUUACACAAACUGUUGAAUAAAUUUAUUUUGAUUGCUGACAGUUUUUA